UGAAACAAAGCGGGGGGGGGGGGGGAAUGGCGAGCUCGGCUUUCAACACGGAGCAAUAUUACGCGAAGAUAGGAUCUAUUCAGCAAAGCAUACACGAAGGGGAGAAACGGAGGCUGGCUCUGGAGAGGGAGUUGCUCGCCUACUCCAUAUCUGAUAAAGGAAUCUCAAAGUGUGCCAAACUGCACAGUUAUCUCAAAGAAAUUUGUGAGAGGGAAACACAAGCAAAAAUGAGAAACCAUGAGCUCCUAAGAGAUGUGGAGUGCAUAGAAACAAGCAUGAAGGAAUAUGAGCCUGAUUUUGGCUCCCUACAACAGCAGAAGGCUAAGUGCUUGAAUCGAAUUUCCAGCUUUAUGGCAGCAAGAAAAAAGACAGAGCGAAAGCUUGAUAUAGAUAAGUUUGAAGCCGCAUACAUACAUCAGCAUGAUUCCCACUCUCAGCCAACGAAGGAUUCCCAGCUACCAGCAGAAGUUUUCACUGGUUGUCCAACCUCUAGAGGGUCUGCAACAGUGGCUGCCACCACAAGUGUACCGUCACGCAAAGCAUCGCAUCAUUCACCUAAUCACCUCACGCUCUCCCAUGAACAUCUACCAAGUGGCCUUUUGAAGGACUUCAGAGUUUGCGGAGAGGCUGCCGCCGACAACCAAGCACAUUUAUCAGAUGACAUUUCAGACUCAAACGAUUCCCCUGGCAGCUGUUAUUUGAGUGACAAACAUAAAGGGACGGCAGCGGCGCUCCCAUCUGUUUGUGCCUUAACAGGCGCAGCUGGCGGCAUGUCUUUUGGAGGUGAUGAUGAACAUGUGCCUUCACCUUCAGUGACCUUGAUGAGGCCGGAGAAGGAUGCUCCAUCCCUCGGGAGCAUUAGCCCCAUGUGGGCCCAGAACUCCCCUGCAGAAUAUGCCUUCUCCAGAGAGGCUGUCCAUCAGAUGCCCAAACAGAAGGAAGUAGAAAAAGCUCUGAGCCAUUCAGUGCCCAAAACGUGUCUUGGAAAGGAAUGGCGAGAUCUACCAGAUAGAGGUGAGUGUGUCGGCACACCUAGCGACAGUGUGAAUUUGUCACAGAGCAGUACCAGUGACCUGUCCAUUUCCCUGACGGAUUCUGAGCUGGAGGAUGAGGAUCUACCUGAGGGUGUGGCCAACCUAGACCCUAUUCCAGCUGCCAGAAUGGCACCUGAGAUGAGUGCCACCGCUGGAGGGGGGGACAGUGACAGUUUGCACAGAGAAGAAUUGUUCCUCCAUGCCGGAGAGUUGAAGAACAGACCACCAUCCAAUCAUGAUUCCAUACCUCCAGAAGCAGCCUUAGAAAGACUUUCCCACCAAGGGCUAUUUCAUCUCCUGGAGAGCAUUGAAGGACAACUCCAUGGUGAACAAACAAACGUCUACUGGAAGUCUUCAAUUGACCAAAGAAAACUCAAUACAAUUGUCAGCCUUUGUAACAAGGGAGCGAGCUUGAAUGAUGAAGACCUUGAAGCAUGUGGAGCGGCCGUCCUUCAUGAGCUUCAGAGGUUGUCAUGGAGCACGGCAAAGGGCUGCCUGCUACCACAGGACCUAGUUAUUGCUCACAGGUCCAGCACCCAGCCUAAGGAAAUAAGCUCCAGCCUCCCCCCCGACGCUGCUCAGCUAUGGGAUCGCUGGUUCAAGCAUGCCCUUCUGCUCAAGGAGUGGCGUGUCCUCAGUACUGAACGCCUGCUUCAGCUGUUCACCCCACUGCUGUUGGAGCGCCAUGCCACCUACAGCCACCAGGCCAAAGUGCUGCUGAGGACACUUCUGUCCCAGUCCUGUGAGGAGUGCCCCUCGGCGGAGGACGAGAGUGACUUGUCUUCUUCCUGCGGCCUUCCCUCUCUCCUGGCUGAUGGUGGAGAAAUGCAGCCUGGCAGGCCAGCACAUAACAAAGGAAAACAAGAACUACAAAGUACUGAAGAGGACAGCCAAGACGAAAGCCCUGCGGAAAGUAUUCCUAUUAGAGAGACAAAAGCAUAUCAGCUGCUUAAACAAUCUGCCACACAGGAGAGGCUGCAGAGUUCUGGAGAGGAGGAGGAGGAUGGCCUGUCAGGAAUAAAUGAUGGCCGUGAAGAGGACCCGGGGAGGGCCAAGCGCUCCUCACAUCAAGACCCUUACCCUCGGUCUGAAAAGGCAACCACAAGGACUUUUUAUGCUGCUCAAUCGAAAGCUUUCUGGGGGGAGUCAGAUGACAGCAACUCCGAGAUCGAAGCAGCCUUGCGUCCUCAACCUUACAUCACAAACAUUGAUGACUUUGAUGACUUCUGCGAUUAACAUUUCCUCUGAGCCCACCACUAGAGCCUAGUCCGUGACCCUAAUCCUGAGGUUGAAAGGGCAAGAGGGGCUUACCGGGCAGCCAUAAUGAAGAGACCGAAACUGGAGUUGCAGACCAUAGAGCUCCAACUCUGGCUGCCAGAUUCCUGCUUGAGAUGCUUCAAAUCACAUUAUAAUUAACCGUAUAUAGGAUGGAGCAGAGAGUCCCUACUUAGAGCAAUUCCCGCGAUCCCAUCCCUCUCUUCCUCUCUUCUCUCUCUCUCUCUCUCUCUCUCUCUCUCCCUAUUUUCAGAUUGGGUAAUUAAUAUGGAAAGGCAUCAUAUUCUGCAAAUUCCUAUGAGAUGGGUUUGCCAAAGCUGUUAAAGCCAAGUAGGCAAAUUAGUAUUCAUGCAGGUUUUCCUGUGCAAGUCAGUUUUCCCUGUGGGACCAAGUAGUAGAUUGGGUAGACAGGCAGCGCUCAUCCUUGAUUAUGUGAGCAGAAUGCCACUGCAACACUGAAGCACAGCGGGGGGAAAAAACAUUCCUUAGGCAGCAAAUCAGUUUCUGUGACCUGCUAAAUGGAAUUGACUACACAGUAAUUCUUUAACCUUGUGCAUGAGGGAGAAAACACAUUCUGAGGUGAAAUGAUUACUGGCUAUUAUACGAAUCCAUGGUUUCUGUAUCAGUUAAUAACCAUUUACAGCAAAAUUAUACAUAUGCCAUGAUUCAGCUGCAAUAAA